AUGGAGCCUGUCGCUCUCGGUCUUUGGGGCCAUAUGCACUACAUGUGGUGGACAUUAAUAACUAUCAUCACCUCCGGCUCAGCCAACACAGUCAUGCCUCAGGGUUGGACUUUGGCGGCCGAGUAUCAAGGAUCAUUACUUGUGUUUCUAUCCUGUCUGGCCUUCCUAAAAAUGGCGCCCAUCGUACGGAUGUCAUUUACCGUCCUACUCCUGAACUACUUCUUCUACCUACGAAACUCGUACUCCUGCCUCUUUCUCGCAGGCAUGCUCAUCGCCGACUUUCGACAUUUGCGGGCAAAGAUGCCAGGCUUACCGAUAAUGGCACGCAAGAUCACUACCGUCACAUCAUGGCUGCUGCUUGUGCCUAUUAUCUUUUUGGGCUGCUGGCCGAUGCAUGGUAACGCUUUCGCAGCACCUGGAUAUUCGUGGUUUAUCGAGUUCGACACGUAUGGCUUCGGACCCCAAACCUUCUUCCAAGCUACAUGUGCUGUGGCUUUGGUGGUAGUGUUGGAAAACCUGCCUCCUUUACAGCGUCUUCUUAAUACCAAACUGGUGUUAUAUCUGGGAGAGAUCAGUUACAGUCUCUAUCUGGUUCAUUGGGGCUGUGGCAAGAACUUUCUUACUUACGGCCUCAAACUCGAGAUGAUAGAAGCCGGGUAUAGCCUGAUCGCGUCAUGGGGUUCACUUUUUGUUAUUUCAAUGGUGUUAUGUUUUUGGCUAGGGGAUGUCCAUUGGCGCCUGGUUGACCAGAAAACAGUGCGAUUCUCACAUUGGCUGAGCAGGAUUCUUGGCAUAUAG